AUGGCCAGCCCAUUGGAUUUUAUCAACCAGGCGGAUGGCAUCUAUGAGAUUCACAAUGCCAAAGAGCACCCGCAGCUCUGGCAGGCCAUGGACAACCCAGGCCAUCCACUCAACGUCGCCUGGCCCCUCUUCCUCGACCAGGAUGCCACCUUCACUCGAUAUUAUCCCAAGCUCGUUGAAUACGAGCAGCUCGCCCGCCAUCAGUACGCCAUCACCGAGACAGACUCUGCCGGCAAUGUCUCCAUUGUCGCCUGUGCCCGAUCGGUGCCAUUUUACUGGCCCGGUGAUUGUCUCGUGGAUGGUACCGGAGAGAUCAACCAUGAAGCCUUACAAAAGCUGCCUCAGGGGGGCUACGAUACGAUUCUCGCCCGCGGUGUACGCCAGUAUCUCUCGCGACACAACCUCCCUGGAGCAUCAAUCGCCUUGACAGAAGACCAGGAGCGCGAUUUCUGGGUGUGCCAAUCCCACAAUCCGCCGAAUGCACUCUCUGCCAUCUCGAUCACCGUGCGGCCAGAUCGCCGCCGACGGGGUUUGGCAGAAGCCUUGAUCCAGACGAUGAAGCAGACGGCCAUCCAACAGCAGCUUCACCUUCUGGUCGUGCCAUUACGUCCCACACGCAAAGCAGACUUUCCCACGGUGUUGAUGGAUGAGUAUGUUCGAUGGCCCAACCCAAAGGGAUGCGGUCCGUUCGACCCCUGGCUGCGCAAACAUGUCCAGCUGGGCGCGCAGAUUAUCAAAGUCGCUCCGACCAGCAUGGUGGUGUCAGGAAGUGUGGCAGAGUGGACGAAGUGGACAAAGAUGGAUAUUGAACAGCUGCUGCAGAGGAUGUGUCCCCAGGAUGUCAGUUUGGAAAGCAGGACGAACAAACUCUAUGUCGAGGUUUCAUUUCCAGGAGGCCUGGUUCCUCUUCGCUACUAUUUCAAGGAGGGGAGAUGCCUCUAUACUGAACCAAAUGUGUGGUUGUUUCAUGAUCUCCAGGUUUAG